AGAGGGCUGGCCACCAUGCACAGCUCCUGCAGCCUUUGGGCAGCACUGCCCCUGCCACCGCUGCCGCUGCAGCUGCUGCUGCUGCUGCUUGUCACUGGUCCCACCUCAGCCCUCACGGAGGAUGAGAAGCAAACCAUGGUGGAGCUUCACAACUUCUACCGUGCCCAGGUGUCCCCACCAGCCUCAGACAUGUUGCAGAUGAGGUGGGACGACGAUCUAGCUGCCUUCGCCAAGGCCUAUGCGCAGAAGUGCGUGUGGGGACACAACAAGGAGCGUGGGCGGCGCGGAGAGAACUUGUUCGCCAUCACCGACGAGGGCAUGGACGUGCCGCUGGCCGUGGAGAACUGGCACGAGGAGCGCGAACACUAUAAUCUCAGCACCGCCACCUGCGAUCCGGGUCAGAUGUGUGGCCACUACACUCAGGUAGUCUGGAGCAAGACUGAGAAGAUUGGCUGUGGUUCCCACUUCUGUGAGAUGCUCCAGGGAGUGGAGGAAGCCAACAUCCAUUUGUUGGUGUGCAACUAUGAGCCUCCGGGGAACGUGAAGGGGCGCAAGCCCUACCAGGAGGGGACUCCUUGCUCCCAGUGUCCCCUUGGCUACAGCUGCGAGAACUCUCUCUGUGAGCCCACAAGAAACCCGGAAGAGUCGCAGGAUUCGCUUCCACCGGUGACCGAGGUCCCUUCCACCAGGGCAACUGAAGCCCAAAGCUCCAGGGAAACCGGUACUCCGUCCCUAGCAACCUCUGAGACUCUACAUUUCUCCUCGGUAACAAAGGUCCCGGGCUCCCUGGCAACCGAGUCCUCACCUGCAGUAGGAACAAAAGCCCCAUCUUCCUUAGCAACGGAAGGCCCCUCCUCCAUGGCAACAGAGGCUCAAUCUUUCCUAACGGAGGUCUCCUCCGUUUCCGCUACGCACAUCCAGCCCUCACUGGAUGAAGGGCCAGUUAACUUUCUCACAUCACCACAUGUCUCUGUCCCCAAAUCUACGGACAAAGAAAUCAGCAAGUCGAGUGCAACCUCCGUGAGCCCAGAGAAAUCUCUGUACCCCCAGAUGUCCCCGACACAGACAGAAGGGGUCCUACCCCAGGCCCAGGUAGAGGCUGAGGCUGAGUUGCCUGAGGUGGAGGCCGAGUUGCCUGUUUCCAGUGAGGUGGCGGUACCAGUUCUUCCAGACCAGGAACGCAGUGGGCCACAGGCCUCACUGAACCACUCGGACCACUCUGCCUCCACAUCCCUGCCCAACUUCCCCAGGGCCUCUGCCUCGGCUAAUGCCACAGGCGGGCACACCCUGGCCCUUCAAUCACCCUGGACAGGUGCAGAGGACCCUGAAAAGGCUGGCUGGGAUUUGAAGCAGAAUUCUGGUCAAGUAUGGGGCCCUUUCCCUGGACUGCUGCUGCCUCCCCUGCUGUUGGCUGGCAUAUUCUGAAGGGGACACUCAAAGACAAGGGCUGCCCUCAAACAAGAUUCUGCCUGGCUGGAGCCCCUCUGGAAAGGAAAAGCUGUGGGGUCCAGCUCACCAGAAACUGCACACCAGGGCUCUUCCUGCCCCUUACAACAGCGUCCCACAGAGGGCAUGAUUCUGAGGGUACCUGCCUGCCCCUCAGGGUUGUGCGGUGGGGUAUGUCUGCUCAAGGGCUCCCGAUCUGAGUGCCCAUGUGACUUGGACAGCAGACCAUAAGGGGCAGGUGAAGAACAAGCCCCAUCCAAGUGGGGUUCUGUGGGUAGGGAGACAGGGAGUGGUCACAAGGCGGCCUUGACUCCUGAAUGAAGACUGAGAGCUGUGGGACACCAGCUCCCACCCACCUAUGUAACUCUUGCCUUUUCUCUCCCCGCUCCCCACACUCUGAACCAUCCCUUUCCUUCCUGUAACUUCCACUCCACCCUUGGGAAGUGGUCUGGCAGGAAAGAGAAAAAGCAGAGGGAAGGCCCAGGGUGCCAGAUGGCUCUCCCAACCUCAGGACUUAGCUGUGGGGCUAACUUGGUGGCUCUGGGGCUCAGGACAUUUCCACAAGUGUACCAAUGCUCAAGCCUGUCCUGUCGACAGGUUCCAAAAUGGCCAGGUUUGGGUAGCUCACUUGGGUGCUUGGAGGAGCCUGAGACAGUGUCCCAGGGCCUUGGAACCUCUCCUGGUGUCAGAGAGGUCCAGAAGUGUUGUGGGCCAGGGAAACAAGGGGCAAGAGACAAGUGAGAGAGGAGGGGAACUGGCCAGGCUAGUACUGACCUGAUCCAGGCUGUUCCUCCCAAUAAAGACACAGAGGUCACCCAUUUAAACUAUACAACUUGGGGGCACUGAGAUGGCUCAUGGCUCUCUGGCCAAUAACCUGAGUACAAUCCUUGGGACCCACAUGGUGGGAGAGGAAAUGCUCCUGCAAGUCGUCCUCCAGCCUCCACUUAAGUGCUGUGGCACACAUUUGGGUGGCUUUGUGUUUUUGCUUUAUUUGUUUUCCAGACAGGGUCUUUAUGUAGCCCUGGUUGUCCUAGAACUCUGUAUGUAGAUCCACCUAUUUCUGUCUCCUCAGUACUAGGAUUAAAAGCAUGCACCACCACAACCUGGCUGGGAAAAAAAAGGAAGUAUACAAGGCAAUGUUUUGGAGAUUUAUUUAUGUACUGUCUAUUUAGGGUGGAGGUGAGUGCAACAAUGUACGUGUUGAGAGUCAGAGGACAACGUGGAAGAAUAGUUCUAUCAUGAGUCCUGGGGACCAAACUCAAGUUGUCAGGCUUGGUGGCAAGGGCCUUUUACCCAGGGAGCCAACUGGUCAACCCCAACUGGAUGGUUUCUAGUAUCUAUAACUAAUCCAACAAUGGCCAUUUUCACUACCCAAGAAGCACCUUAUCCUGGUACCCACUCCCCCACAACCCCCCUCAGCCCAAAGUAACUGCUCAUCUAUUUUCCAUCUGUACAUUUCCUGUUCCUUCCUUUUUUGUUGGGGGUAGGGGGUUCAUGCCAUUGUGCUCUUGGAGGUCAGUUGGAGGACCUCCUUCCUCCCUCCACCACAGGGCUCAGGCUUGGUGACAAGCACCUUCACCUACUGAGCCAUUUCACAGCCCUCAUUUACCUGCUUUGACUUUCACAUAAAUUCUUGACAAAUCA